UAACUCAAACCCUCGACAAUGAAAAACCAAAGCCAAUACUAGGCACUGCUAAACCAUGAAUUUGGGUUCAGCUUCAGCAGGCUUAGCUUCAAUCUUCAGCAAUGGCUACCGGAGUCUCAGCGCUCCUGUCUCCUCCCUUAGAACGUUAGCGUCUUCUUCUUUAUAUAAGCAUUACAAGAGCAAUAGCAAGAGUGCGAUUUUAUAUUGUUGGAGUUCAAGCAAGAGAGAGCUUUCUUUUUUUUCUUCCAGAGUGGAUGUUGUCCAAACAGCAGCAACUUCUUCUGUUAAUGGCUAUCCCAAAUAUGACCGGUUACUCCCAUGCCCCUCAGACAAUGGCCCGCCAAGAGUAGAACACUUAGUUGUUUCAGAAGGAGGGCCUGUUCUCGAGUAUAUCUGUAAAGCACUGGAUCUUCCUCCUCUGUUUGUUGCAGAUCUCAUCCAUUUUUGAGCUGUAUAUUAUGCCCUCGUGUGUCCGCAGCCUCCUCCUACUGCCACCCCCGAGCAAAUUAGGAUAUUUAAAGAAGUAACAGCACCGUCAGUUUUGAGUAAAAGAACAUCCAUUAAGGGAAAAACUGUGCGAGAGGCACAAAAGACUUUCCGUAUAACUCAUGUUGAGCAGUUUGUUGAGGCUGGAACAUACUUGCGUAUGCAUGUACAUCCCAAAUGUUUUCCGAGGUGUUAUGAAAUUGACUGGAGAUCGAGAAUCAUAGCAACAACCGACUCCUAUGUGGUUUUGGACAAACCUGCUGGUACAUCUGUUGGAGGAACUACCGACAAUAUAGAAGAAAGUUGCGCAACAUUUGCUAGUCGUUCCUUGGGAUUUUCCACCCCAUUGAAGACUACUCAUCAGAUAGAUAAUUGCACAGAAGGCUGUGUUGUAUUAGCUAGGACUAAGGAGUAUUGCUCAGUUUUUCAUGGGAAAAUCAGAGAGAAAAAGGUAAAAAAACUAUAUCUUGCUCUCACCGCUGCUCCUGUACCAAUUGGAAUAAUAACACACUAUAUGCGGCCAAUCAAUAUGGCUCCUAGACUAGUCUCAGAAGACUUCGUUAAAGGUUGGUACUUGUGUCAGCUUGAGGUUAUGGAAUGUAUGGAGGUUCCCUGGCCAGAUUCUGUCAUUCAAGAAAACUACUGUAUUGAAGACUCUGGUUGGCCUUUGACAGAUCAUGCUUAUGAGUAUAAAAUAAAUCUUUUGACUGGUCGAACUCAUCAGGUUCGUGCACAACUGGCUGCCUUUGGGGCUCCAAUAGUGGGUGAUUCGAUGUACAUGCCAGCUGCUAUUGCAGAGAUUGCAAACCCAGGGCUAAACCCAUUUGGAAAAUACAAGGAGUACACUGGUGAGAGUGAUAAAGAAAUGGCUGUCACAAAGUGGAUUGCCCAGUUUGGGAAAGAGCCAAGUGUUGCCAUUGGUCUGCAAGCAUGUCAAAUUUCAUGGGAUGAUGGUGAGCACUCUUAUGAAGCCAGAUCUCCCUGGUGGAGAUCCACAAUGGCUUAAAUUGUAUGCAAUUGGAUGAGGAUAAACAGUCAUUUUAAGGUACGUGUCACUCAUGUUGUGAAAGGUCU